GGCGUAGCCGGAAAGCGCCGCUGCGAGCCUGCUCUGGCAAGUCCUCCGCCCCACCCCUCACCGGAACCGGAUCGAAUCUUCAGGGCGUCCGGGGGAGCGGCUGCCUCUCUCGCCUGCUCUUCUCUCUUCCUCCCUCCACGUUCGAGCUGCUUUACGCGCAGGAGGCGGGAGAGCGACCAAGCGGAAAAAAUCAACCUGAACUCUAUUCCAGCAAUAACAAACUGUUUCCUUAGCUGUGGGAUUAUCCUCAUCUGCAUAUUAUACGAAUGGAGUCUACACAGAAAAGUCUAAUUUCUCUGCUGCCGCUUGGAAGGUCUUGAUUUGGGACUCUCCAAAUCUUAGAGGAGCAAGUUCAAGGUUUGAUAAAAAUCUAUCUUGGAAACAGGUGCCACAGGACUUUGCAGCAGUGAAGUGAUUUUGUCACCAUGUUUACACUGUCAGCGGGGGGAGGACUUCCUACUGUGCCUGCUUUGAGUGUGCCCGAACGCAAAGCUGAACUUGCCACUGUGGAAGAACAUCAACAUCUACAUUGCGUCAACUGUGUUAGUCGGCGUUGUAUGACCAGACCAGAGGCUGGCAUUUCGUGUGAUUUGAUUGGUUGUCCUUUGGUUUGUGGAGCAGUAUUUCAUUCAUGCAAAGCUGCAGAGCAUCGCCUUUUAUGCCCACUUGAAAGAGUGCCUUGUCUCAACAGUGGCUUUGGCUGUCCAUUUACUGUAGCCCGAAACAAAAUUGCUGAACAUCUAGAAAUUUGCCCUGCAAGUGUGGUAUGCUGCACUAUGGAGUGGAACAGAUGGCCUGUCAGUUAUGCAGAUAGAAAAUCUUAUGAGAAUCUUAGUAAAGAUGUUGAUGAAGUUGAACAGUUAGACAUGGCUCUUGCCCUUCAGGAUCAACGAAUGCUCCUUGAAUCUCUCAAAGUAGCAACUAUGACAUCGAAAACAGGUGAUGAGGUGGUAAAAUCCAGAGAACAGACUUCUGUUGCAGGUGCCCCAGAUGCUGCACUUUCAAAUGGCUUGAUGCCUGUAGAUGAAGAGUCUUAUGGUGCACUUUAUCAAGCUACUGUGGAAACGACAAAGAGUUUAGCUACAGCUCUAGAUAUCCUGAACACUGCUACUAGAGACAUAAGCAUGUUAAGCUCAAAGCUUGGCAUUUCACCACCUAAAACAAGUGAAGAUUUUCAGCCAAAAGAGCAAAAUUGUAGUAGAAUGCAUAAAGUAGAACUUGACUGUCUAGAUGAAGAUAACAUGGGAGCAGUUGGUGGUAUUCACCUGGAUAUCUUGAAUCAAAAUGCGCAGUUGGAACAAAAUGGCUCAAGUGACAUUUGUUACGACACCAUGCAACAGUACAAUUUGAAUAUGGGUCUUGAUACCUCUUUAUGCAAUGGCUUUCAUGCAGACAAUACAAGCGCAGAUACACUGCAAGAGAGUAAAGAACUUGGUAUGUGUAAUUCUGACCAAUCUAAUAUAGCAAAUGGUGUAUGUAAUGCUUCUCAUGUUGAAGCAUUGGGUUAUUGCAGCCCUAUUCCUGUAGCAACACAACUUAAGGAAGAAUUACCUCUCCACAGUUUGUCUAACGGCACUGUUAAUCAUGUAUAUCUGCCACAGUACUGUAAUGAAGAACUGAUACAGAAACAAAUUGAACAAGACAGACUGAGAAGCAUAGAUGUAUUUUCUUUAAUUCCUCAUCGUACCUAUAAUUUCCUUGCAAAUCACUACAUAUCUGCACCAAAGGAAGACAAAGCAGUGGAUACAUCAGAUUUGGAAAUAACAGAAGAUCCUAUGGGUCUUCAUGGAAUAGAUUUAAUCACAGCAGCAUUACUGUUUUGUCUUGGAGACUCUCCCGGUGGUAGGGGAAUAUCUGAUAGUCGUGUUAUUGAUGGAUACCGUGUUGAUUUUGGGACGCAGACGUUUUCUCUCCCUUCUGCAAUUCUGGCCACAAAUACAAUGGUAGGGGAAAUUGCUUCAGCCUCUGCAUGUGAUCAUGCAAAUCCACAGCUCUCAAAUCCAAGCCCUUUCCAGACUCUUGGGCUAGACUUGGUGCUAGAAUGUGUGGCUAGAUACCAAACAAAGCGUUCAAUGUUUACAUUUGUUUGUGGUCAGUUGUUUAGACGAAAUGAAUUUCCUUCGCAUUUUAAGAAUGUACAUGGUGACAUUCAUGCUGGCCUCAACGGCUGGAUGGAGCAGAGGUGUCCUCUGGCGUAUUAUGGAUGUACAUAUUCUCAACGCAGAUUCUGUCCUUCAACGCAAGGGGCAAAGAUUAUUCAUGAUCGGCACCUUCGGUCAUUUGGGGUUCAGCCAUGUAUAUCUACUGUGCUGACGGAGCCUGAUAAGAGAUGCUGUUUAGGACUGCGUAGUGAUCACCUGAGUAAUCUUCCUUUUGAAGUUCUACAACACAUUGCAGGUUUUCUAGACGGUUUUAGUUUAUGUCAGCUUUCACGAGUGUCGCGAUUAAUGAGGGAUGUGUGCGGAAGUUUAUUACAGGCACGAGGAAUGGUCAUACUGCUGUGGGAAAAGAGGACAUAUCCAGAUGGAAGUUCUUCGUGGCAAAUAAAAGAAAAGGUGUGGCGAUUCAGCACAGCUUUUUGUACUGUAAACGAAUGGAAAUUUGCUGACAUUGUAAGCAUGGCUGACCACUUGAAGAAAUGCAGUUAUAAUGCUGUAGAGAGACGGGAGGAAGCUGUACCACUACCAUGUAUGUGUGUCACCCGAGAACUUACAAAAGAAGGACGGUCAUUGCGCUCUGUCUUGAAACCUGUACUUUAAACACGAAGAAUUUACUCCAAUUGCACAUACACUCAAGCACCUGAUGUAACCUCUAUGUAAUACUUUGUGACACUUUAUUAAUUUACUAAAUACAAUUUCUAGGUAAAUCUACUCUGUCACUAUGUACAUAAAUUUUUGAAGUGGCAUUUAUUUUUUAUAAUACUGUCUGCUUAGAAUUAAUGAAAGUUGCCUUAAUGUUUGAAACAAUGGAACUUGCUGGACAGGGUAGUUUAUAUAAAACUCCUAUCUGUAAACUUUUCAUUAAGGAUUUCUCUGACUUACGGUUCUGUUUCUUUUUUUUCACUUCUAGAGGUAUGCACAUUCAGACCGGAACAAUUGUAUUAACAGGAAUCUGACCAAACAGCAUAUAUUUGGUCUCUUUGCAAAUAAGGAUACAAGUGAGAAGCUGAAUGCUACUUAGCAUUUAGCAGUGCAUAUUUUGAACAAUCUUUUCCAUUUUUGAAAGAUUGCUGUGCUCAUUUAAGCUGACUCAGUGGUAUGUGACACUGUUUCUAGUUAAGUUUCUAGUUAAGGAAGAGACUUACAUAGGUUGGGUGCUUUUGGUGUUGAUGCAAGUAAGUAAGGGGCGCAAUCAAAGCUCUUUGAAGUCCGUUAACAAACUCCAGAUUUUAAUGAAGCAGAAUUCCUUUUAAUGACACUUUUUAUUGAUGGUCAACAAAGGCUGCUGCAACUAAGAGUCUGAUGUAGGGCUGGGGAACCUUUAGCCCUCCAGAUGUUUCUGCCCUCCAGUUCCCAUCAGAACUAGCCAGCAUGGUCAGAAAUCAGGGAUGAUGGAAAUUGCAGUUCAGCCAAAGGUUCCCCAGCUCUGGUGUAAUGGAACAAAAGUUAAUUUUAUUUCAGACUUAAAUGUAUACCUAGACUAGCAUUUUGGAUUAAUAAAUUUUCUCCCAUCUUCUGUUGGCAAAGAUUGAUAAAAGGUGAACUUGAACAAAAUUCAUGUUGCUUGUUGUAAAUUAGCUACAAAGGAUCCACAAUUUUUAAUUCAUUGAUCUAAUGAAGGGCUUGUUUUGUGGUAUCAGUGUAGUACAUUUUAUUGUUAACAUGUCUACAGAUGUACUAGUUGCUUCCAGGCUAUUUUAAUUUGCAUAGGACUCUUGAUUCUGAGCACACUUUGAAGUUGGUUCCACUGAAAUUUGGAAUUUGCUUCUAAGCAAAUGCUUUUAGGCUAGAGGUGUCAUGCCAUCUUUAUAAGAUGAAAACCUGUUCAUUGCAAACAGCAUAUCUUAAAUGCAUGUUCAUCUUUAUCAUGACUCCAUGGUUUUCCAGUCUUCCAUAAUGAGGACAUUGUGUUGAAUGUUUACUGUAAUUAUUAGAAUGCCUUUAACUGUACUACCAUAACUCUCUUUAUACCAUACUGCUAGUUUGAGCUUGUGCCAUAGACUAAAACCAAGAUUGUAUUAAAAGGGUGUUCCAUUUUGAAAAAAAGAUGGUUAUAAAAAUGGCUACAUUUGAAAUGUUUAUAAUGAAAUCAUUUAAGUACUUGAUCCAAGAGUUUAUAUGUUCAGCAUAUAUGACUCCAAUCUGGGAAAUAAUUGCCUUUUUCAUAACAAGUUGCCCCAUUUUUUGAAAAACAAACCUCAGCCUCAUUCUCUAGUGCCAUAUAUUGAUAACAUUAAGGAACACGAAUGCUUGCUCUACAUGGCUUUUGGUAAUGCAUGCAUCUUGGGAUCAGUUAACUUUUCUCACAAAGCUGCCUUUCUCUUUGAAGGGUCUAGAGAAUUUUCCUUUAAUCCUGCAUAAUUUUUCUUCAAUCAAUAGAACACUUCUAAUUUUAGUUGUUUUAAAACUUGAGAAGAGGACAUUAUUAUGAACAUUCUUUGUAAAUUCAAGUAUACUGCUCUUACAACCAAUAAAUCUCUAGUACCCAGG